GCCAUGUGCGCACCCAUACAGGCGAGCGUCCCUAUCAGUGCCACCUGUGCCCAGAAGCAUUCACUCAUAAUCAAAGCCUGACACGUCAUGUGCGCAACCACACUGGAGAGCGUUCCUUUCCCUGCGUUCACUGUGAUGCAUCCUUUUCGCGGAAGGACCACCUCAUGCGCCACAUGUCCUCUCACUCGGUGGAGAAGCCCUAAAGAUUCCUUGCGAUUGGCAUCCCGUGAGCAGUACCUUUCACUCGUGUCUGUAUGUAGCCGGCUGCAUUGCUGCCGUCAGUGCACUUACAAGACUAAGCACAAGAAGCACAUGACCCAACACCUGCGCAUGCACACAGGCGAGCAUCCCUUCAAAUGCCACCUGUGCCCAGAAGCAUUUACUCAGAAGAACAGCCUGACACGCCAUCGUGUGCGCACCCACCUGGCAGAGCACCCCUACAAGUGCCACGUGUGCUCGGAUGCAUUCAUUCAGCGCAGCUGCCUGACACGCCAUCUGCGCACCCAUACAGGCGAGCACCCCUACCAGUGUCACCUGUGCCCAGAAACGUUCACUCAGACCAGCAACCUGACACGCCAUUUGCGUACCCACACUGGAGAGCGUUCCUUUUCCUGUGAACACUGCGGUGCAUCCUUUUCGAGGAAAGACCACCUCACCAACCACAUGUUCUGUCAUGCAGGGAAGAAGACUGGAGGCCUUGACCUGACGACGCUGCAGCCACGCUACUUCCUGAAUGCUCUCAUGCAGGCCGCUGCACUGACCAACCCAUCUAAGCUGAAACUUUGGAUUCACCCCGUCAAUAACGCUUGCAUAGUGUCUCAAGCUCAUACAUCUCCAUCAAAUCAAGAUGAUGCUCUCAAGCUCAUACAUCUCCAGUACAUCAUCUGCGACCGACUUGAGUAUGCCAUGGCGGCAUAUGUUGCACCUCCUGAUGGCUCAGUUCGGACCCGGGAAUGCAAGCACCACCACCUCCAUAGGACGACCAAGCCCACUUCCGAAGGCGAAGCACGAUCCCAGCGACGAGUAGACAACCACUUACCAUGUAGUGCAGGAUCCGAAUGCCCAGAACCAUCUGCCAGCCAACAAACAGGGCGCUCCAAGAGCUCGGACCAACCGACAUGGGCUGACAAGCUGAAGACGCCCAACGUGACCAUAAAACUGGCAAGCAACACCCCGCUUACCUCGGACCUCCGUGACCAGGAGCUUCGGGCUCUCCAUGUGGAGGUACCAAAAGAUGACUCGACCGACGACGCUUGCAAGACGGAUCAUGUGUGCCAGAAUAACACUAUUAAGAAAGCCGGUGGAAUGUAUACUACAUUGACUUCCUGUACUCCUUCUGGGUUUGCAGAUUCUUCGCGAUUGGCAUCCCGCGAGCGGUACCUUUCACUCGUGUCCGUAUGUAGCCGGCUGCAUUGCUGCCGGCAAUGCACUUACAAGACUAAGCACAAGAAGCACAUGACCCAACACCUGCGCGUUCACACAGGCGAGCGCCCCUUCAAGUGUAACCUCUGCCCAGAAGCAUUCACUCAGUUGGGGCACCUGAAAGAGCAUGUACGCACCCACGUGGGAGAGCGCCCCUACAAGUGCCACAUAUGUUCGGAAGCAUUCAUUCAACGUAACUGCCUGACACGCCAUCUGCGCACCCAUACCGGCGAGCGCCCCUACCAGUGUCACCUGUGUCCAGAAACAUUCACCCAGACUAGCAUCCUGACGCGCCAUUUGCGCACCCACACUGGAGAGCGUGCCUUUCCCUGUGUCCACUGUGGUGCGUCCUUUUCGCGGAAAGACUACUUCUUGCGCCACAUGUCCUGUCACUCGGAGGAGAAGUCCUAAAGGUCAGGGGCUUCGAGUUUUGUUGUAGAUACACCAAUUGAUCACAUCUUUUUUUACGGCAGAAAAUGAUUUAUAAGUUGCAUUGAGAAAUUUACGGCUCUAUCAAACGUAGAGCUUUUCUUGCAAUAGUACCCACAGGGAAGCUGACGAUGCCAUAUAUGAGAAUUUCUUAUAAAGUGCCUUCGUGUCACCUUACCUACCCUAGCUUAUUGAAAUAUUAUCUUGAUUGUGGAUUGGCCUAAAAUACGUUUGUGACUGUGUAAAUUAGUUUCAUGAAAUUACUCGUAAGAUAAGAAUUGAGCAAGGAAAAGAAAAACAGAGAAUUGAGAAAGGCCACAAUAAUAUAUGCCAAAUUUCUUGUCUUUUUCACAAAUCUAACAACACUGUGUUGGUGGAGUUCACAUUUGACAUAAUUGUGUUUCCUAGUUCAAGUACUUACGUUUUAUUAACGCCUAUUACCUAUUAGUACUAUUAUGCCUAUUACAUACUAAGGUAGUACUAAUAGGUGUACUAGUAUGCCUAUUAGUACUACCUGACUACAACGGUGCACAUUGUUUGAAUACAAACUAAAUUAUUGUGCCAGCUGAUAUGUUCUCAAGCUGUUCACAAGCUGAAAUGCAUACCCAAGCAGAGUUUGUUCUCAAGCUUUAAAUGUCCAUUGUCAUAAUUGUGGUUGAGCAUUCGCAAACCCCCAUAACACUGGUUGGCACGCAAACGCCAAGGCAACGACAUGAGAAAGUGAGCACUGCAAUUUCUGAGAACCCAUCGGUGAUGUUUAGUGAUGUCGUGUCUGCAAACGGAGUAAAGCUGGUAUGCUGUAUUGAAAUGGUGUAGUGGGUAUUGCUUCUGGCCGAGAACAGCUGUCGAGAUAUCCAGGCAUACAGAUUGUUUAGUAAGUUGUGCACACGCACUAGUUUUGCAUGUCUUGCAUGAAUUGAUGACAAUAUGAUAUUUCCCACAGGUUUACUCGAUGUUACCUAUAGGUCUUCGUGAUGUAACAUAUAACAGCUAUUGGGCCUGAACUGCUAAUUACAGAGUGCUGAGAGAUUAACACUGCAAUGUGCCUCUCCUUUAUUAAUUUGAAAGUAAAUUACAAACGUUUCAUAUUCUACAUUAUAUAGCAUAGAACCCCAUAAGGGAAAUAAAUUUAACAAAAGCUCCUAGAGCCAAUUUCAUUCAUUUACUGUGAACUUCAGCUAAAUUUAUGUGCUGGCUAGCUCCAUGGCUAUAUAACAUACCGUGCUUAUUUACGUAUCACUCAGACCUACUUAGACAAUAGAAAAUUCCAUCAGGACCCAUCUCGCAGUGAAUGUCGACACUUAUGUGAUUAGCAUUUAGGUUGUAUAGCGAUCAACAGUAUUUCCACUGCCAUAAUGCGUCAUAUUGGAGACUUAAAUGCGGCCAGGCUCUCUUCUCACGCAUACCUCUAUGUACACUGCACAUUCUAGCAGAGCCACCGCGAUGUUUAUGCAUGACACGUGUCUCGAUAUAUAUAUUGAUGCGUGCCCUGUGUAGAUAUGUAGAUGACAAUGAAGACGUGUGCUUUAAUGGACUCCGUGUAGUGGAAUUGGGAAAAUGCAGAGACGAAGCAGGCAUUCUUGUUCUGGUUGUUUUUCAAGAGGCUGUUCCACUGUCUUGCACAACGUGUCUACUGUUUGCAUUGAACCACAACACUGGUGGAGGUGCUGAGUACACAACCCUGCCUGAUGCUCUGAACUCCUCUUGGGAGCCGUUCAUCCAGCCCGUCUCUAAUUACAACUCCUGUGCAUUGCUUUAGUCGGCAGUUGUUAGGCCUUGCUCCCGAGUUCCACCCCCGACAGGAACGUUCGUCCGGUUGCUGUCUAUUUCUGCCUAUGGCGACCGCCAGUCCGCCACAGGUUUGACGAGUUCCCCAAGACAGCUCUACUCACAACCCAUCCCAGGUAACCCUCCUGUAACCACUGGUUCCCAAUCGCUUUCAGGAUGGUGCACAUGGCGACAUUGAAGACUGGCUUGACCUGUACAAAGGCGUUGCCAACGUCAAGGGGUGGACUGCUCAACAAAAGCUCUCCCACAUGUAUUUCGCCCUUGAUGGUAGUGCUCGCACGUGGCUUGAAAACCGUGAGACCAACUCACGGUGAGCUGACUUUGGAAUGUUUUCCAACGUCAGCUCAUUGAAGCAUUUGCGAGUGUCGAUCGACGGGACAGUGCCUAGCAUCUAAUUGGGUUGUGCAUCCUUACACUGAACGAAACCAUAGCAAUGUUUGCAGAGGAAAUGACCCUCCUGUGUUGUAGAGCUGACCCUGACGUGUCUGAGGAAAAGAAGUUCUGAUACCUUAUUGGUGGCAUCAAAGAAUAACUAUUUGCCGGACUUGCGCGCAAUCCACCGAGUACGUGACUGAUUUCAUACAGGAACCCACUGGUAUUGAAUGUGCACUCCAUCUAAGAUGCAGGCUGUACAAUCGCUUGCCCACCAGCGCUCCUAUCAACGCUGCCACAACGUCCGUUAACAGUCACAACUCCCUCCGCGACCUAAUUCGGGAGAUUCCUCACAAAGAACUUCAGAAGCUCUGGACACCGAUAGUGGGCAAACCCGUGGUGUCAGUUACUGAAGUCGUCCGUAAUGAAAUUAGGCAAGCGUUCUUGGCAGGCGAUCCUAGUCAUGAGCAGCAUCCCAUAAGUUACCCUGACGCUCUGCGACGUCAAGCUGCUGUUACGCCCGUUCGGUCGCACUAUUAGCCGCCGGGAGCCUCACCUUAGUCAUCACCACCAGAGGAAACUUUAAGACAUCCGCCAGUUGUGUCGAUCCCGUCCUAUCGUCAGCCUCUGUCAGCUGCAUUCUGGUCACCCCCACAAGACAAGGCUUUGAGGGUUCUGCAAAUUCAAAAAACAGACGUAUGGCACACUGUCAAUAGGCACCCCUUCUGUUAUAACCGCGGAGGCAUCGGACAUAUUGCCUGCUUUUGCUGGUACCACAAUGCCUCAUUUUGCCCUCGUCAAUUCUGGUCUGACCGUCACGCACCUGUGAUGACUACAGGAUAUACCGCGAUGACACUGCAUUUCAAAGUUCUCUGGUAAUGCAUACUCUGAACGAUGACUCUUCCUAAUCAUCAGACUGAUUUCAGCUUGUGGUCACGCUCUUGCCACUCACCUUAAGCCACUCACCUUAAGAAACUAAAAACGCCCUGGAUGGGACCCCAGAUAAGGAUUGCAGGCGGCUAACUCUUCAUGCCUGCUGGAAGCUGUACUGAGAAAAUCACCAUUGGAGAUUCUUCCUUCAUGGAUACUUUCAUCGUUCUUCCAACAUAAUGCAAAGAUUUAAUCAUGGGCAUGGAUUUUCUACGGGAAUAUGGUGCCAUAAUCAACAUCCCAGAUCGUUCAGUUAUGUUUCAUACGAGUCCUGAUUUAAUUCCCUGCUUAUUGCCGCAACACAACUCCUUUUGUUUAAUCAAAAACGGGGUGAUCGUCCCACCUUGGUCAUGUAUCCUUGUUUCGGUGGUAUGUGAAGUACGGUUCCAUUGUGAAGAAGUGGCAGACCAAGUAACCCCAUUGUUAUUGGUAUGUCUCUUGCAUGAGGCAUCAUAAAUAUUACCGAUGGGCGCAUGAACUUUUGGUAACCAAUUUUAGCACAGAGCGACGGCAUCUAUCAAGGGGCAUGGCUGUGGCCUAUUUGGCAACAUUGCUAAUGUUCGUGGCUGCUUUUCAGUACUCAAGGAAGUGUCUGCAUAAGACCCAGCACCUGUGCUUGACGUAAACACUACUUUACUGGAACACAAGUGAAAACGGCUUUUGGAACAACUUGCAUUUGGAACAAGCAGCGGGAAUGCCACGUCCACGUGAUGUUGUGGGAUGCGCAAACGGUCCGCGGAACUUGGCCAAGGGCAGUUGCAGCAGCGAAUCCAAUGUUACUUAUCACUGUGUGCCAACGAGUGAAGCUCUCCAUUCGAAGUGGUUAAGUGCUGUGCCUUUGCCACAGCGCGUUGGCAGAGAGCCGAAAAAUCGCGUAGUUUGCUCGCUGCACUUUCGUCCAGAGGAUCACGAGUUCAGUGCCGACUUACUGAAGUCGUGUGGAGUGCCUUUCAAAGCAAUGCUUUCCCGUAGCGCUGUUCCGUCGGUCUUGCCUGCAUUCUCCGAAGCUCAAGAACAACUGCAGGUCGAAGAUGGGGCAAUGAGUGCGGCAUUUGGUUUUCAUGAAGGAAAAGCUACAAAUGUGCGAAUAUGCACAGCCAUGACAGACAGUUGCCGUCGUAGUAGUACGCAACGACGCCGGCAGCGUGAGCCCUCAACAUCACUGCUUAUAUCGUUGAAGUCAAGCCCAGCAUCGCGAGCCAAUGUGUCAUUGUCAGGGCCGUCAUUGCAACGAGCAUCACAGUUGACGUCAUAAAAUAAAGAACCAGCUUAUCAUCGCGCACUUUAUCAUCGCCACCAUGUAAUUCUGCUUUUGUGCUGCUGUCUUGGCUCUGUUUCUGGCCGCGCGUUUGCAUUUUGCGCAGAAAAGUCGUAGCGCCGUCUGCGGGUGCCGUUUUACUCACUGACGACACAACGUCACUAUGAGACCAUGACGUCACCACUCCUCGAUCAGAGGGCGGGUGAUUUGGACUGAGCUAGAGGUACGCGGACGCUUCAGAACGCAUUUGCUCUUAAAGUAAGUGUCUUCUUCGCAUGAAACAAGCAUUUCGAGGUUUCUGGGAUCGUAUCUCAAUAGUCCAGGUUGACAAUAUUAACCUUUAGUGUCCUUUUAAAGUGCAAGAGCAAAUGAUCACUGAGACCAUGGAGGUAAGUUAUAGGAGAUAUGAAUUCUGGGUGUGGAGAAAAAUUUAAGUCCAAUGUAUUCGAUGAUUCAGGCGUAGUCCUUGUUAGUUCUCUCACAAGCUGCAUGAAAUGGAAGCAAUGGGACAUGUCUGAGAAAUGAUUAUCGAAGGCUAAAUCAGAGGGCAAGAAGAAAGAUGUGUAUCCGCUUCCCUGCUUAGACAAUUUACUCGAUAGGCUUUGAAAUGCGCAUUACUUCUCUUCCAUGGACUUAACAAGCUAUUAUUGGCAAAUUGAAGUAAACCCGAGAGACAGUAAGAAGACCGCCUUUAUCACACCAGUUGGACUAUACAAAUUUAAGGUGUUGCCUUUUGGCUUGUGCUCUGCACCUGCUACUUUCCAACAGCGUAUGGAUACCGUGCUUUCAGGGCUGAAGUAGAAAAUCUGCUUAGUCUAUCUAGACAAUGUCAUAGUGUUUUCCGCAACGCUUGAAGAGCACCUUGACUGGUUUAAAGGGCUUCUGCAGUCAAUACUGUCCGCCGGCCUCUCCUUAAAGCCGGAGAAAUGUCACUUUUGCUUUGUGGAGCUAGUUUCUUGGCCACAUCAUCAGUCGCGCGGGUGUCUGCCCGCAUACUAACAAAAUUGCCUCUGUCACACAGUUCCCUGUACCCUCAGAUAAAAAGCUGUCAGGCGCUUUCUGGGCCUCUGCGCAUGUUAUCGGUGCUUUAUUGCAGACUUUGCUCACAUUUUAUCGCUGUUAACUCGCCUCGCGAGGGAUGACGUUGCUUUUGUAUGGGUGAUGAACAGCAAGCUGCAUUUACCAAUUUGCGGAACUGUUUAUAAACGCCCCCUGUGCUUGCCCACUUUGGCGAGACAGCUCCUGCAAUGCUUCACAUUGAUGCUAGCAAUGUUGGUCUUGGAGCCGUGCUUGUGCAAUAUGAGGGGGACUCAGAAAAAGUGAUCAUGACCCCGAGCUGCUUGGCCUGAUUAAUUUCUUGAACAGACGAACUCAGACCAAACAUAAGGCUUUUGCAAGAGUAUUGUUAUUGUUUUGCUUAAGGAACAAGGUUCAGUACAAGGUGAACUUCUCUUCGAGCCGAUCCAAGUAUUUGAUUGUCGUUCCUGCUGCUCUUUGUUGUGAAGUACUGGAAGCAUGUCACAACGAGAUCACUUCUGGGCAUCUAGGAUACAUGCGAACGCUGAACGGAGUGCGACAAAUAUACUAUUGGCCAUGACUGCCCAUUGCUGUGAAACACCUUAUUUGGACCUGCCUGGAUUGUCGGUGGCGCAAGUCACCUCUGACGAAACCAGCCAGUUUGCUACAACACGUUCAAGUACUGCAAACGCCAUUUCACCAGAUCGGAAUGGACCUCUUGGGUCCACUUCCUAUCUCUAUUAUGAGUAACCGCUGGGUUAUAGUAACUGCCAGCUCUCCCUCAUCUCCAACCCGCCAGAGUCAAGUUCGUCCCUUGGUCCGACCCUACGACACGUUAUAGAAGAACAAGUGUCCGAGGUCCUUCCUCUGGAACGGGCGCCUCAGCUCACCGCCCCAUUGACUUACGCCGACGCCGUCACACGACCACGACUGUUGAUCUUCCGGGCUCUGCCUCCGACGCCUAGCCCUGCUUUUACCGCCACGUCGCCACGACCUCCAGCCCAUUGAGUAAUUAAUCUCUGGCGCACACAGGACAAUCGGCGCAUCUGCCAUUCGUGCGGUAUUCCUAGACACGUUGUACGCCUAUGCCGCCGCCGUCCACUUUAUCCGCGUGACAACCCACGCACAGCCGCGUACGACCGUCCAUUGUCUUACGCUCCAGGCAGCGAUUUACCCCUUCCCCGCCCAAGCCUUCGCCCAGUUUCCGACCGCCGUUCUCCUUCUCCUCGUCAUCGCUCGCUCUCCCCGAUGCGUCGACGUCCCUCUACUGCUGACACAGAAAACUAAGUGGCGCAGUUCCCGUGGCAAGAAAUGCGUCAUCUUCACAACGCUCAAGCCCUCUUCUUUCACCGCCCAACGUUAUUGAUGUUGCUGUUGAAGGUGUCUCUGUGCUUGCCCUCAUUGACUCAGGUGCCGCCAUAUCUGUAAUUGCCGAAAAACUAUGCCACUCAAUACGAAAAGUCAUGAUACCUUUCUUUGGUCUUUUACUCCGCACGGCCACAGCACAGCAUGUUCAGCUGGUGGCUGCGUGCACUGCCAGACUUGAAAUUCAAGGAGUGCUCUACUCAGUCGAGUUCGUCGUUCUUCCUCACUGUUCCCACAAUAUUAUUUUAUGUUGGGACUUUCUCUCCCAACACCAAGCUGUCAUUGAUUGCUCCCGUGCAGAAGUCGCCUUCUCUUCGCUUGGCAAUUCCAAUAUCUGAUGACGUUUCGCUUUCCUGCACCAAGUUGUCCCUCACUGACGACAUCCAUAUACCUCCGCACGCAUCCAUUCCGACACCUGUAUCCUGUUUCGUUGCCUCCGGCUCUACCGUACUCUUCACGCCUUCUAGUGUUUUCAUUCACCGCCACCUCUCACCACUCCCAACUGCGCUGCUUAGCCUUCAAACUGGUGCUACUCACCUUCCUAUACACAACCACUUCCUAUUCCAGAUUACGUUGCUUCGUGGUGAAUCUCUCGGCACUGUGGAGCCUUACGACACCAUUACCAUAUUGGAACUUCCUGUUAGAUCGUCAGAGGUCAACACCCUCUGCUGUAGUCCCGUACCUGCCACAUCGCCUGAAGACGUCUUUAGCCACAUGAUCGACAAUGCCUUAAGCCCCAUGCAACGCCAUGACCUUCUCCGUCUCCUCGAGAAAUUUCACCCUACUUUUGACAGCCAUAGCACUUCUCUGGGCCGAACGACGACUGUAUGUUACCGUAUUGGCACCGGUUCUCACUCACCAUUACGACACCGAUCCUACCGCGUAUCGUCGACAGAACAACGUGUCAUUGAUGAGCACGUAGGUGACAUCCUAAAGCGCGGUGUCAUUGAACCAUCCGAGAGCCCGUGGGCAUCGCCAGUUGUUUUAGUUAAAAAGAAAAAUGGCUUGAUCCGCUUUUGCAUGGAUUACCGUCGCCUAAACAAAAUAACCCGAAAGGAUGUUUAUCCAUUGCCGCAGAUCGACGACGCCCUCGACAGCUUACAAGGCGCAGAGUUCUUUUCCUCCCUCGAUCUACGCUCUGGUUAUUGGCAGGUGCCUAUGGCUGCAGAAGAUAAGCCUAAAACUGCUUUCAUCACACCAGAUGGCUUAUAAGAAUUUCGUGUGAUGCCAUUCAGACUUUGCAACGCGCCCGCGACUUUUGAGCGGAUGAUGGACACUAUUCUUCGAGGCCUCAAAUGGAACACGUGCUUGUGUUAUUUGGAUGAUGUAGUAGUGAUCGCACCAGAUUUUUCUACUCACCUUCAUCGCUUGGAGCAGGUUUUACGCUGCCUGAGUGACGCUGGCCUCCAACUAAACCUGAAAAAAUGUCACUUUGGGGCAAGCAAGCUGGCAGUUCUCGGACAUGUUGUGUCGAAGGACAGCAUUCUCCCUGAUGCUCCGUGACGGAAUUGUAUAUCGCCGUAACUACAGUUUCGACGGCCACAAAUGGCUGCUUGUAAUACCUCGGCAGCUCCACAUUGAUGUAUGCGCCGCUUUACACGCCGACUCUCAGUGCGCACAUGCUGGUCUCUUCAAGACCUACACCAGACUACAUAUUAGGUUUUAUUGGCAUCGUAUGUACACAUUUGUGCAAAAGUACAUUCGCUCUUGCACAGAAUGUCAACGCCGGAAGCCUGAUCCUUGCUGCCCUUCUGGACCAAUGCAACCUUUGCCGUGCCCUUCGCGACCCUUUGACCAGGUUGGGAUAGACCUAUACGGGCCUCUGCCAUACACAGCAGCUGGCAAUCACUGGGUCAUUGUAGCUAUAGACCAUCUCAUGAGGUAUGCAGAAACGGCCGCUCUGCCAGCCGCGACGGCUCGUGACGUUGCCUCCUUCAACGCUUCAUUCUACGUCAUAGCGCUCCCCGCGAACUCCUGAGCGACCGUGGCCGUGUCUUUCUCGCCGAUGUCAUUCAAGAACUUCUCGCUGAAUUCCACAUUAUUUAUCGCUGUACCACCGCAUAUCACCCGCAAACAUACGGAUUGACAGAGCGCUUUAACCGAACUCUUGGCGACAUGCUUUCGAUGUAUGUCGCCUCCAACCACACCAACUGGGACCUCAUCCUUCCCUGUGUCACGUACACCUACAAUACGGCACCCCAGUCAAUGACGGACUUUUCUCCCUUCUUUCUUCUAUAUGGCCGCGAACCAUCAUUUCCCAUUGACACUAUUCUUCCUUGCCGUCCCAACUUAUCAGAGGAUACACCGGUUUCCGAAGACGCCCGGUAUGCAGAAGAAUGUCGGCAACUAGCUUGUUCCCUUACAACGCCAAGAACAAGCCCUACAGAAAUUUUGUCGUGACGAUGGGCGCCCCCCCACCAGUUUUCGCCUGACGCUCUCGUUUGGUUGUGGGUGCCUCCUACUUCGACUCCAGGUGUCUCCUCCAAGUUUGUAUCCCGAUACCAUGGGCCCUACCGGGUUCUGCAGCAAACUUCUCCAGUGAACUACGUCAUCGAACCUCUGACGCCCCCUACGGACCUGUGUCCCCGAGGCCGCGAAACUGUGCACGUAGAUCGGCUCAAGCUGUAUCACGAGCCCUUCAUCCUCACGACGCCUUAGGCCUCCUGUGCGGCUCCGUCUUCAGCGAGCAGGGAAGUUGUAAGGAAGAAGAAGUGCGCCGUGCAGAGCUCCGCAGCCGGAUCGCCAAUGCUACUGAAGUGGGGCUCCGGCUAGACGCUGUUCCUGGUGUGACUGGCUGAGCCUACGCUGCUGCGUCUUCUUGUCCGCGUCCCUCAGGUUGUCCACUGCUGUGUCAGACUUCUUUGCCAUGUAGCAACUAACUAUCUUACUCGCCACACUGAAACAAAGGCUACCCAGAGAGGCACAGCAGCAGAGGUGGCUCGAUCUUUCAUAGAGAAUGUUGUCCUGAGACAUGGUGCACCUACCGCAGUCGUAACAGACCAUGUAGUGGGACGGUUACGACUAUGGUAGGUGUAGUGAACAGUCCGUGUAGUGGGACUGGGGGAAUGGGGAAUGAAGAAGACAUCUUUGUUGUGUGGUUUUUCAACAGGCUGUUCCGCCGUCUUUCUCAGCGUGUUGUUGUCUCUUGUUCGUGUUGAACCGCGACAAUAUGAUGCAAGUUCGAUUCUGCACAGCACCAGGGAUAUUUGUAAAGGAUUGAUUUUUUACAUUGAUGAGUGCCACACAUACCCACUGGCACAUACCCAAUGACCAACGUUGGCAUCAAAGAGGUUCAUGGAAGAGCAACAUAUCUACUGUCAUAUAAUCAAAGACCCAGAUUCUUCAGCACGGAAACACGGUGCUGAGCCCAUUAAACCAGUGACUCAAGUUGGCUAGAAAAUGGUUAGAGACAGUGAUAGCUACCGAAAAGGGAGUAACGUAUCCUAAGAAUGCCAAUCGAAUUAAAAGGUCAAGCAGUAGCUGGAAAAAAUGUUGUCGGUGCUUUGUCUGGCACCUAAAGCUUCUUCUGGUGUUCAGGUUUUGGUAUGUGUAAAACAUGUGCCAACCGGACUCUUUACACAGGUGCAUUCAGCAGUAUUGCAGCUUCAGAGCCCUAUCUGAGCAAUCCGGUAACUUCAAAGAGUACAAGUGCCUUCCCACCAAGCCUCCAGAGCUGCGUAACGAAAUUUAGGGAAGAAGAUAGCCAGAAUAGCAACAGCUAGCAGGGCGUGUUUUGCCCGACAGCAUGCUGCCACAGGCAUUCUCACUAUCGCCUGCCAAGCAGGAGCCUCCACAGUUGCAGCCGUGGUCACCGCCACAGUCCUCUCUUUUCCAGCUUUGCAGCAGUUAGAUUGUGUUUUGUUGAGAGCUAAUGUCAGCGAAUCUGGCCAGCAUCCACUAUUUGCCCUUUGCACUACAUUCUCGUAUCUGGGUCCUACUGUCAGCUUCAUAUUUGAAUUUCAAAGAGAAGUGUGUUGGCCCAAUUGCUAGUAAAUAUAGUAAGUGAGGGAACUUGAGCAAGUUUGUUAUUUGCAAAACAAGUAAGCACGGCGCACACGACAGAGGUGUAAUGGUCUACAUUCUAUAUUGUGUUUCUUUGUUGUACUUUUAUUUAUUUAGCUUUUUUAUGCAUGUGGGCAUUCAGUCACACGCAUGCAGGCACACACAUGAAUUCUCUCCCUUUCCAGCCCACUGGGCAUAAGGCAGAAGUGAAGAAAACUUUCACAUAUAAAAUGUCUUGUGCACUGUUUUAUCCUUGCCACAUGCUUUCAUUCUCACCCAUAUACCAGGUGUUUCUGAGAAGAAUAUUAGUAAUUUUUUUAAAUUGCCUGUCGCAGAUAGUAGCAAAAUUCUAGAACUUGAGGUGGUCUACUCGAAGAGGCAGACAUGCACGUUGCAGUAUUUACAUUGGGACCCCUUCCUGUAUACAACUGUUCUUAUACUAAUGUAGUUAUCAAUAAAAUUAAAUUGAGAGAUCAAAAUGGCAUAAUCAACUAAUUAACAAGAAUUCAGUGAUUAUAUUUUCAAUCAAUCACAUUAUGGCAAAUAUUGCACUUUAUGUAUAAACUGUAGCCGGUCAGACUGCAAAGCAUAUCUACUUAAGAAUUCUAUGGGUGUCACCAUAUUGACAUAUGUCUGAUCAAACUUGCGGUAAAAAUGCACUCAUUUUAAUUACUUUUUUUAAUAAAAUUCCACUUUAUGCAUUGAGGCACAAGAGUAACUCGACUGCCAAUGUAUUUCUUCGCAAAGUUCAGGAAAUAAUAUGUUGAAAUUGGUGUCAUCCUGAAAAUUCAUUUCAAUUGAAUCUGCCUUGUAAACUAACCGGUUUCAAUUUUGAAAUGGCAAUAUCUGCUGUAAGAUUUUUGUUUUUCUGUUUCUUUAUUCUGUAUUGUUUAUCUCAGUGCCUGCGAACAGCUGUAUAGCUUUGGUGACAGGUCACUAGUACAUAAAAAAGCAUGAACAUAACAAAAAAUGAACACAACAGCAUUUCUACCAAUAUCGCACACUAAAGUAGAUAUACAAGGCAUAAGUGUUUAAGAAAAUUAAGAAAUAGAUGUGCUUGAGAAAUAAUUAGUUGAAAACUCAGAAAUGUUUUGUUAUUUUGCCGAUUAUGCAUUUUGAUUUCUUGUGCAAAUAAUGUCCACCUGUAUGAGCUGUCCAGCUCAAGGAUUAGAAUUGUGCUAUCUGCCACCGGUGAUUCCUGAAGAUUGAUAAAAGUCUUUGCAGGAACGCCCAGUAUAUGAGCCGGCCAUUGUUUGGGGUGACACGUGAUAUCAUUGCAGUAUCUGAUUCGAGCUUACAUUUCAAACCCAUUCCUGAAAGCCAUAUUUUUUCAAUAUGUAUUUGUGUAACAUGUCUUGUAAACCUCUUGUUUUCGUUGGUGUAGAAUAAAUGUUAAAGUUUUAUAGGCUUUAAUGCUAUGGAGAUGUUUCUCCUAUGCGACCCUGUAGAUUCGCUCUGUCGUUCUACAGUUAAAUUUGCUAUGGUCUUGGGUAUAUGUGUACCUUCUGUGUUUUGUCAACAUGCUUGCAAUGUGAACGUAGACUCUGACUUUGCCUUGUAUACGGCUUUACCAUCAAUCCUCUUGCAAUCACAUGUAACACUUAACACACUUUAAUGAUGUCCUGCGUGGUCUUAUAGCUGGCCAUUUGACAUCAUGGGCUUUCGUUCAUCCAAAAGUAUCAAUUUGAGCUUAAUAUAUGCUUACACACGUUCGUUAGCAUAAACUACCGUGAAUUGGCAAAUUUAAGAAGUUGACAGCAUCAUUCUUAGAGGAGCAAAUAUUGACUGUUUCAAAUAUGGAUUAAAUACACAUAAUAAGUAUAGAAUAUUUGAGCAAAUAUGAAAUAUUAAAAUGUGAACGCAUAUAUUUACAGCAAGAAUGUUUAUUUCACUGUAAUUAGGUAAUAUGGAUUUGUUGACACGUGCAGGUAAGACAGCUAUCAGGGACAAAGGAUCGGUUUAAAUAUAAAAUCGAUGAUUGUCACUAGAUAUGCUGCACAAAUAACAUUACAUCUUUGGAGCCUUGCCGUAAACAACUUUUCUAAAAACGAGCAACUGCUGUAUGACUAGCUUUCCAAAAAUGUGAAAUAAAUGGUUGGCAAUUGCUUGUAGUAGUGCAAUGAGAAAAGAUGGCGAAAUCCAACACACAUGUUGGAAUUUAUGUGAAACAAAGAUUUAGUAAAGCAGUUGAUGAAAUGCUUUACAAUUAUUGGCAACACAAGUAGUUUUGUUGCUUUCAUCCUAUGCUACAUGUAAUCUCAUGGAAUGUUUGUCAUGUAGGUUUCCACUGCAAAACGAAAAACAAAGCUUGUAUUGCCCAUUUUGUUUCUGCAUUGCUUUAAAAACUUGCUGUCUGACUUCGUAUAAUUUACGAUCGUUUGUCUUACAACUUCACACAAAAACUGAAAAAGAAAGUGUAUAUAUAUAUAUAAGGAGGUGAGGGAUAUUACACAGGCUUCUGUCUUAUCAACAUAGCUUUUUGUUUCAUAAACUGCCCCAUCCUGUAGGGUACGUUUAUACCAGCGAGAUCAUACUGAAAGUUCUCAACUGCCUCCGCACUUUCCCGGUAGUCUGUUGAAGUGCUUCUGCGCUUUUCCAAUACAUCUAAGUGCUUUUCCAACUCAUUUCAGACACCACUACUUCAUUGCAGUUAAUAGCAAAAACGGGAAUGAAGCGGCACGCUGAUUUUUGAUGUUUCAAUUGAGGUUAUUAACAUGCGACCGCUUAUUGCUUACACACGGCUUGUCCACUGUGAAAUGUCCUUAUACUAACAUGUAUUGUAAUUGCUAUCGUAAAUGUCCUCUGCAAGCCCAUUUAAUGACUCUGAGACACAUUUUUGGCUGCUCCAAAUGCUACUCCAAAAGGAGAUUGGCCAGUCAAUAAUAUCACUUGGUAUCGAAUUUUAAGGUGUUCAGAGGAAGUGAUGCAAUCCCAAUUAUGCUUAAUCUGGCUUCACAUAUAGUAGCUGUUUGCAUUGUGUAUUAUGUCAUAAUAGGGAAGUUUUGUUCUUUGAACUGCACUUGCUUUCAGUUUGUGCACAAGUGACAUUCAUUAAUUGUCAAUACCGUAGUACCACAUGGUGUACCUUGAAUCACUCUCUUAAUUUUUUUAAUGUUUGAGAGGUCAGUAAUGUUUACGUUGUUUUAGCAAACAUGUUUCAUGCACAAUAGUUGUAUGAAGGUGCCAUGUGUGUAUCAUUUUCUUGAUGUGUUUGUAGCAACCAUCAUUUGCUUUAUUCCAGCCUGUAUUGUACGCCUUUGCAUCCAAAAUAAAGGUUUUUGUUAUGGUGCUCCAUAAUCUGGAGUCAGCUUUAAGAAA